UCUUUAAACUCUUUGAUGACUUUAUCUCAUCGCUGCUAUAAAAGUUCUGCGCUUCACUGUGAAUUCAUACCAAGACCAAGAAAGACUUUGAGCGUGUUGCCUUCGUUGCAGUGCGACUUCCACCCUUCUGAGCGGAAACCUGAGCAGUGUACACAAGGUGACAAUGCGGUGCCUCCUUUGGCCGUUUGCCCUCCUGGGAGUGCUUUGCAGCAGUGGUCUAGAGAUCAGCAUGAAGUCCAACCACUACCACGCCGCCAGGGGGUCAGAUGUCAAGCUGGCCUGCCCGUACACUCACACCGUGACCACCACGCAGUACACAGAGAUCAUGUGGAGUAUUGUGUCCGGACCAGAAGAGAGGCACGUCAUUUGGUUCACCGACGGCCACUUGUAUCCUGAUCUGGACAAAGCACUGGAGGGCAGGGUCCACUUCACAUCGUUUGAGCCCCACAACGGAGACGCUUCCAUCAUCAUCAGAGACCUUCGUCUCUCAGACUCCGGGAAGUACCGGUGCUUCGUGAAGAAGUUACCGGAACUGGACCUUAAGAGCGUGGAGCUGACGGUCAUGGAGGCGCUCGGUCAGCCUCAGUGCAGUGUGGACGGGGAAUUUGCGGGAGGCGACGGCGUGACGGGCGCCGGCUAGUUAGAGCGUCAGCCUCACAGUGCUGAGGACCGGGGUUCAAUCCCCGGCCCCGCCUGUGUGGUGUUUGCAUGUUCUCCCCGUGCCUGCGUGGGUUUUCUCCGGGCACUCCGGUUUCCUCCCACAUCCCAAAAACAUGCAUUAAUUGGAGAGACUAUAUUGCCCGUAGUUGUGACUGUGAGUGCGAAUGAUUGUUUGUAUGUGCCCUGCGAUUGGCUGGCAACCAGUUCAGGGUGUACCCUGCCUCCUGCCCGAUGACAGCUGGGAUAGGCUCCAGCACGCCCGCGACCCUAGUGAGGAGAAGCGGCUCAGAAAGUGGAUGAGAUGGAUAGUCUUUAUUGUAAAUGUUUUAAUAAAGGCUAGAAAAUUGAAAGGCUGUGUAGUUCUUGUUUUAUGAAAGAUGCAUUGUUCAGAACUUUAUAAGAACUUCUCUUAAAUGUUGUUUCCAUGUAUAAUGUAUAAUGUCAGUUGAAUUUUGUACUUUUUUUUCCUUUAUGCACUUGUAUAUCUUUAAAUAAAGCAGAGAAAA